ACACGACAGAGAGAGUGGGUGCACUGGACACGUUUUACAAAACGUACACAGAGAGUUAAUAAAACGGACUGAACCAGCGCUCAUCUUGGAGCAGUUAUAUCACAUCAUAAAAUAAACAAGAUGAAUUACUGGAUAGAAGCUCCGUGCGCUGAACGUUGAAGGUUUAUGGUUCAGACUGCAGACGAUUAAUUUUUUAGUUUUUUUUCCAGCACAUUCCUCUGCUUGAUAUCUUGCCCGUCUGAUCCAGGCCAUUAGUGGCGAACAAUUUGAUGCUCCAAUUAAUCUCCUGCUUAAUGAAGGGGGUGAUGCGUUACGUUCUGCAGUGGCAAUACAAUGACUCAGUUCUGUUGGAUUUUCUAAAAUGGGGACAUCUUUACCUGACAGACGGAAAGUAAAGUCUUUCCGUCUGUCACGUUGUCCAACGUGAUUUAAGGAGUUGGACAAACUCCUUAAAUCACGUGAGUUAAGGCUAUGAGUGACAUGUUCAAGGUGUGUGACCUUGAACAAAAAUAUCACAUUCUUACAGCAGCACAGGAGGCGGGCGGUGUGUUGAGGUAAAGCAACGACUGUUCCUACAGCUGCUGAAAUGUACUGCAACAUGUUGACAAUUAGAUACUUCUAUUCAUGACACUUCUGUUUAAUCAACUUUGUUUUGAAGGUACUGCAUUGCUCUUGACUCCAUGUAGGCAUACAGGGAGGACGUCUGUCGUUUUGCUGGUACUCUGGUCAAACGAGAACAAAAGCCACGAUUGGACUGUAACAAGAAUGUUGUGAUUGAACUUUAUUUUACGCUGGAUUGUCCGUCAAUUGCUCCCAUAGCUGCUGCAGCGCUAAAAUCACAUUUAACAAUACAGUAGACUGACAUUUUCAACUGACUGUAGUCAAUACAGCCUUUUCAUUGAAACAGCAUGAUUUCCAACUCGUAGUGCAUUAACCAAGCAAAUACCAUCCGUACGCUUUCCUGAUUGGAGAAGCGGUCAAUCGUAUUUAGGUAUGGCUGCAUGUGAUGCGCCGUAGGGGCAGAAUGUGUCAAAUUCUUAAAGACAAGCGCCGCUUGGGCAACACAGUUAACAGUAAACGGCUCAGUGUCUCCAGAAAGGCGGUAGUCGGGGUUAGCUGCGAGAAAACAUUUUUCUCUCUCCGUACGCGACUCCUGCACCUGCUGCUUGUAGCACGAAAGCUGCACCUGCUGGUGUUUGCACACAAAUACACAUUUAGAUUUCAGAGAAACGACGACCGAGAUCAGACACAAAAGGAGUGCAAAAUGCUUAGUCUUGCAGUCGUAAAUGGGUGUUACGCGCCAGCCUGUCUCCCGUCUGCUUUGUUCCACCAGUCACUGAAAUAUAAGGAAGUUGAGAUUCUUCAGCUCCUGAAUCAAUCUACAGAAAUCUGCUGGCAUUUUAAAAAUGACCGGUGGUACCGCUACACCCUGUUGUUGCUGUGUACCUUCACCCUUCCUGCGGGGAUGCUGGGAAAUGUGGCGGUGCUGCUCAGCUUCACCUGCCUAGGAAAAAGCUUUAAACCCAGCCACGUUUUCCUGUUGAACCUGGCUUUAUGCGACUCGGCCUGGCUUCUCACUCUGUCUUUGACGGUUUACUUCAGAUUCCAAAUCUCAAACCUGGACAGUCUGCAGAUUUUCGGCAAAAUCAAAAGGAUCUCCUUUGACGUGAACAUCUACGGCAGCAUCGUCUUCAUCGGUCUGAUCAGUUUUGACCGCUACGUGGGCACGGUCCAUCCCAUCAGCUCUCUUCGCUGGUGGAACGUGGGUAAAGCCAAGAUCUGCUCGGCGUUGACAUGGCUCGGACUUCUUCUGGGCAUCACUCCAGACUUAUUUGUAGCCACUUGCGAAAACUCCGACACGUGCACGAGUCGCGUCCACAGUCUUUUCCCUCCAUUCAAAAUGCUCCCCAUUAUUAGAACGACGCUGUGCUUUCUGCUCCCCUUCAGUGCCAUGCUAGCUUUUUCCACAAUGACCAUUCGCGUUUUGAGGCGCCGCUCAAGAGGAAGAAGGAACAAGGAACUCCAGCGAGCGAGCAGGAAGCCGCUGCAACUCGUCGCCGCAGCUAUCCUCGUCUCUGCAGCCUCUUUUGUGCCUUAUCACAUCUUGGCCGUCGCUCUGACGUUCAUGCCGGCUCGUGGCUUGGUGAAACCGUCCGACUCCAGUUGCCUCUGUGCAGCUGUGGAGCUCUGUGAAGCUCUGUGUGGUUUCAGCAGCUGUCUGGACCCUGUGCUGUACAUUCUGGCUAGUGAGCAGUUCAAGAGGAAGAUGCAAACCUUCAAAAGAGAGCAGUACAGGAGGCUGUGCUGUAAGGAGGGUAGGAGGGUUGGGGUUAUUGACGAAUGAGUAUUAAAUGUUUAGCUUUUCUGGAUAUUAUCCUUUGAGGCUUUUCUUUGAGGCAACGCGGUUGUACAAUUGUUCCGUUAUGUGAAGUAGUAACUGCACACCACAGUCAUGUGAAGAAGUAUUUGCCACUUUCUUGCUUUUUUUCUUUUCGUCGCAAGUAAAGCUUUAUGAUUAUAAGAUGAAAGUUCUUGUCAAGCAAAUCGGAUAAAAAGGACAGCUUUUCAAAUGAUUUAAUAUGCAACCUUUUCCAAAGCAAAAUACGUAAAAGAAAAAAACCUGGUUAAAUCGUGAAUUAAGUGUAAUCGCCUGAUUCCUGCCAGACUUGGAACAAAAAUAUAAGUAAAAAUAUAUUUU